CAGUCGAGACAUACGGCUGCCCAUGCGCCGAGGUCCCUACCUUCUUGAAGCUACUGGCUGACACAGGGGCCAGGAGACUUUUCAAUGCGGACCCCAGCUCCUACCAGGCCGCAAAAUUGCUCCACCAGUUUCGCCAACGCUGGUCAGUGACGCUGCAGCGGGCACAGGCCCUGGCUUACCUGGGGAAAGUUAAUGAAGCCUCCCCUGCCCCCCACACCCCAGUGGGUACCCCUGACGCCGACAUGGCACCCGGGGACUGCUUUGCCAUAGCAGAGCCCCUAGGGGAGCUCGUGUAGUUUCGAGCCCCCAAACAUGCACGUACCUUGCCCUGCUGCCCCUUGCCUGCCUUGCCUAGCCUGUACCCAGUUUUCCAAGCAAUAAACGGACCGCUUGAGA